AUGGUUGUUUAUAAAAUAUCUCUACCAGCUGGACCAGGUCUUAAAACUAAUAGGUUUGUUAAAGAUUGUGAAACCCAGCUUCAAAAUCACAAGAUGUUUGUAGAUCUUGUGGUGGUGGAGAUGUCGGGGUUUGAUGUUAUUUUAGGAAUGGACUGGCUACUCCGUCAUGAGGCACAAAUUAAUUGCAAAGAUAAGUCUGUGACCCUAGUUGACCAUGAUGGGAAGGCCUUUCUGUUUCAAGCCCAACAGUUACCACAGAUAGCGGUUCCAAGUGUGUUGGCUGCUGCUCAUGUUAAGUUGAAUGAGCAGCAACCAAAGUUAGAAGAUAUCUUGGUGGUAAGAGAGUAUCCAGAUGUGUUUCCAGCUAAUGUUUUCGGGCUUCCACCAGUUAGAAAAGUAGAGUUCAGCAUUGUGAUCAAGGUUGGUAGUCUGCCAAUCUCGAAAGCACCUUAA